AGAAACAUAAGCCCGGAAGCAGACGAUCCGGACCAAUGAAGCCCAGCACUUAAGUCUGCCCAGAAAUUUUGCUCACUGUUCACUCUCUCAACUAAACCCAAACCUUCUCUUCCAAGGGCUCUUCCAAGCCUAUCUUCUUCUUCUUCCUUCAGUCCUCUGUUUAUCAUCCCACCAAAUUGUAAACCAAAAUCAAUGGAUAGACUCAAUUUAGCCCUAACAUCUCCUCCCAAGUUUCUUUUCCUCACUUAUUCUUCUGCUUCUUCUAUCUCCACUCCCUCCAGAACCAAUCAAUUAUGUGCAACCAGGCGUUUAUCAAGCUCCAGGAUUAAGUCUCCUCCCAGAAUUCUCGCUUCUGCUCUUAAUCGUCGACCCAACCACCGUAUCCUCGUGGCUGAACGUUUUGCAACGGUUUCUUCUUCUACUACCAGCAAUGACUCGUCUUCUGUUGGUGUUCCAUCAGUAUCUAUUCCUCCCCCCUCCUCAUAUGUUGGGUCGCCUCUCUUUUGGGUUGGUGUUGGUGUUGGGCUUUCAGCAUUAUUUACAUGGGUGGCUUCUUACUUAAAGAAAUAUGCAAUGCAACAAGCUUUCAAGACGAUGAUGUCUCAAAUGAAUUCUCAAAACAGUCCGAUGAGUAAUCCUAAACUUUCGUCUGGAUCACCUUUUCCAAUACCUCCGACAUUUGCAACUGGCACGACAGUUACUCCAUCUGUUUCUGAACCUGCUGCGUCAAUUGAUGUAACUGCAACAAAAGUUGAAGAAGAACCAGUUACUAAUGUCAAAACUGGGACAGAGAACAUGGAAGCAAAGAAGUUUGCUUUUGUAGACGUUUCUCCUGAAGAAACUGACCAAAAGAGUCCAUUCAAGGAAGAUGCCACAGAUGCAGAUGUUUCAAAGAGUGCUCAGCCUACUGAGGAACUUCCACAGAAUGGAGCUGCUUCUAAGCAGGCAUAUAUUGGUUCAGAUGGAUCACAAUUCAGCCGAAAACCAGGCUCAGUGUUAUCAGUGGAAGCUGUGGAGAAAAUGAUGGAAGAUCCAACGGUGCAGAAGAUGAUAUAUCCCCAUUUGCCCGAGGAGAUGAGAAAUCCAGAAACAUUCAAGUGGAUGAUGCAAAAUCCAUUAUAUCGUCAACAAUUAGAAGAAAUGCUUAACAAUAUGAGUGGAAGCCCACAAUGGGACGGUCGCCUCAUGGAUUCUUUGAAGAACUUUGAUCUUAGUAGCCCUGAAGUCAAGCAGCAAUUUGAUCAAAUUGGGCUUACACCUGAAGAAGUUAUUUCCAAAAUUAUGGCCAAUCCCGAAAUUGCAAUGGCAUUUCAAAAUCCAAGAGUUCAAGCAGCCAUCAUGGAUUGUUCACAAAAUCCACUGAGUAUCACAAAGUAUCAAAACGACAAAGAGGUCAUGGACGUUUUCAAUAAGAUAUCUGAACUAUUCCCCGGAGUUUCUGGAGCACCAUGAUAGUUGUAGCUGUUUUAGUACUGAAUAGUAUAAUAUGACAAAAUGUGAAUUUGUGGAAGCUUGAGCAUGGUUCCCUCUCCAAUUGCAAAAUAAGUUGGGGGAAGCCAUAUCGGUCUUCUAGUUCUCGAAACGAAGUUAGCUGAGUAAGGUCUCACCUGCUUCAAUUACAUGAAAUAUAUUGGAAAUUUUUGGGUGAGCUAAUUCUUUUUUCCCUUUCUUAAACUAAAGUUUCCUGUGUAUUACUUACUUUCUCAGGAGAUCAUGUAUUUAUUAGUGUUUUGCAUUUAAUCAGUUUCAUAGGAACCUCCUUGUUCACAGUGGUCAGAUUGUAAGUAAGAAUCUUUUUAUGUUCCUUGAUAUAUCAAGGCAGUCGAUGUAAUUUAUAUAAGUAAUUUUGGCAUAUUCCUAUUUGCUUUAAUUGAAUGACAUUGUUGGAGGUAA